AUGUUUGGAAGAUUCCAAACCGUCGUUAAUGGGCUCAGAAAUCUUGAUCGCAAAUACGAAAAUGUUGAUCAAAUCAUAAAGAUUCUAAGAUGCCUUCCCAGAAAAUGGAGACCCAAGGUCACAGCCAUUCAAGAAGCUAAAGAUCUCAGCACCUUGAGACUGGAAGACCUCCUUGGAUCUCUGAAGGUUCAUGAAAUAGAGCUGGCUCAUGACGAAGGAUUGAAGAAGCAGAAGAACAUUGCAUUCAAAGCAAACAGUUCAAAGGCCAUUCAAACAAAAGAACAAUCUGAAGAAGAAGAAUCCUCAGAAGAAAUGUCUGAUGAUGAACAAGCCCUUUUCAACAGAAAUGGCUCAAACUUAGACAAAAGCAACAUCACCUGCUUCGAGUGCAAAAAGCCAGGACACAUCAAGCCGGACUGUCCAAGACUAGCAAAGAAAUCAGGCAAGAAACCCUUCUACAAGAAAAAGAAAGCUCUAGCUGCUGGAUGGGAUGAAUCUGAGGACGGUUCAGAAGAUGAUGAUGAAGACGAAGAUGAUGAUGCACUCUUUGCUCUUAUGGCAUCUGCAGAAAGCUCAGAUGAUGAAGAUGAUGAUGAAGUAAAAUCUGAAAACCUUAAGGAAGAAUUCAAUGAACUACUUGAACAUUCAUAUGCUCUAUCUGAAAAGUACAAAACCUUGAAGAAACAAUUUGCUAAAUUACUACUCGAGCAUGAAAAAGUCUUAAUAGAAAAAGAUCAUGUAGUUAAAGAAAAUACUGCUUUAAAGGAACAGGAUUCUGUUAAGGAAGUAACUACUCUAAAGAAAAGAAUUAAAGUAUUAAUAGAUGAUCUAUCCACGUUUACUAUAGGUCAUGACAAUCUAGUUAAAUUGUGUGGAAAUAGUCGCGAAUUGUACGAUAAAAGUGGACUAGGAUUUGAUAGUGAAUCAGCUUCAUCCAGUGAAUAUAUGUCUGAUAUAUCUUUUACAUCAUCUGAAUCUAGUCAAAGUAAGUUUGUCGUAAAUUGCAAGAUUGAGCGAGAUGAACGAAAAACCUCUUAUGAGAAGAAGGUUCCUUCAAAAGUUAUUGCUAACCCCUCAGGACCCAAGAAAUUCUAG